GCGGUGCAUGUGGCGCAGGGAGGACACCAAACGAAGGGCCAAAGUGUCUCAACGUGCACGCCAAAGUCGCCGCCGGCAGCGCUCCAAGUUCGGCCCCGCACGUAGGAACGGGCCCUUUACCUUCCACUCCAGAGAUCUACGUACCCCCCCCCCCCCUCGGUUGAGAACCACCGCGCUACGAGAUGCCGACGCUACGGGGCUACGCGUGGCAACUGUCCACGCUGCUACUGCCGCUGCUGCUGCUGCCACCUUUGCCGUGGUCUCCCGCCGCUACCGCUGAGGCUGGGCGAAUCCUCGCGGUGCCCGUGGACGGCAGCCACUGGAUGGGCAUGAAGACGCUGCUGCUGGAGCUGACGAGGCGUGGGCACACCAUCACCGUCCUGCGCAGCAGCACCACCUUGUUCGUGGACGAGACGUCCGACGACUUCCACAUCGAGAACGUGCAGAUUCCGGCCAAGACGGUGAUCACUCGCGAGGAGGGCUUGGCGAUGGCCGAGCGCUGGAUCCUGGACGUCGCCUUCGCUCCGCCGAGCACGUUUUUCAGCACCAUCUCCUCCACGCUGGCGAUGGCGAGGGCGAUGGCCGGCAUGGCGUCCGACAUGGCGGUGGCCAUCGAGAAGACGCUGGGCGACGGCGCACUCAUGUCGCGGCUGCGGGACGCGCGCUUCGACGCCGUUCUCGCCGACACGUUCUACCCCGGCGGGCCCAUGGUGGCACGCGCACUCGGCCUCCCCGUCGCGCUGCUGGGCCGCUGGGAGGUGGGCGGCGACGUACACCUGCAGCUGGCGCCUGCGCCGCUCUCCUACGUGCCGGCGCUCGACUCGCGCUACAGCGACCACAUGGGAUUCUCGCAGCGCCUCGACAACUUCAUCAGGUACUGGAGCGCGUACGCGCUGAACCGCGCGCUCGUCUUCCCCACGUUCGACCGCCUGUGCGAGCGCUACCUGGGCGCCGACGUCUCCUACGAGCAGCUGUACCAGCGCGCCGACGUCGUGCUGCUCAAGAUCGACUUCGUGCUCGAGUACCCGCGCCCCACCAUGCCCAACUUCGUCUACGUGGGCGGCCUGCAGUGCCGGGAGGCGCGGCCGCUCGCCGGCGAGCUGGCGGCGCUGUACGCCGGCGCGGGGCCGCACGGCGUCAUCGUGGCGUCGUUCGGCUCGCUCGUCUCCUCGCUGCCCCCGCGCGUCGCCGAGGAGGUGGCGCGAGCGUUCGCCCGCCUGCCGCAGAAGGUGGUGUGGCGCCACGCGGGGCCGCGGCCGCCGGGGCUCGGCGACAACACGCUGCUGCUGCCGUGGCUGCCCCAGAACGACCUGCUGGCGCACGGCGCCACGCGUGCCUUCGUGUCGCACGGCGGCGAGGGCGGCGUCUACGAGGCCAUCCGCCACGGCGUCCCGCUGCUCGGCCUGCCCAUGUACGGCGACCAGCACGACAACGUGGCGCGGCUGGUGGAGCGUGGCGCCGCGCUGUCGCUCAGCGGGCGCCUGCACGCGCUGACGAGCGACGAGUUCCUGGCGCCACUGCGGCGGCUGCUGGACGAGCCGCGGUUCGGCGAGGCGAUGCGCCGCCUGUCCCUCCUGCACCGCGACACGCCGGUGCCGCCGCUGGACCUCGCCGCGUUCUGGGUGGAGUUCCUGGCGAGGAACGGUGGGGCGCCGCACCUGCGCGUCGCCGGCCUCGAGAUGCCCGCGUACCGCAGGUGCUCGCUGGAUGUGCUGCUGGCGCUGCUGCUGGCGCUCGUGGCGGCGGCUACGGUUGGCGCCUUGAUGUUGGUGCGGGUCAAGAGGUGGCUUUGUCAGUCGGAUGAGAGGCCGAAGAGGGAGUGAGUGGUAGAGGUGGUUGUGAUGUAUGUCCAACAUCUGUCUACGUAGUAAACCGUGAUAAUCGGUGCAGGGGAAGGACAACAAACUAAACAUUUCUCAAUAAAUGUUUUCAAUCUAGAGAUUACGAUGGUAUUGGUGUUGAUUAUGAUUGUGAUAAUACUGGAGUGAUUAUUUUUUUGUAAUUGAGUUCUUCACUGAAACUAAUGCCUCUCUGUCCUGAUCCCUCAGCAGCGGGUCACACCGUGGCAGACAACACGAGACGUGUGCGACGCAUCUUCAUAAUGAACUCUUUAAAAAAGUGUUUUAAAAAAACAUCGGUUUUAUUAACAAAUUCGCUUAACUCACGGUCGAGAAGUACAUCACUGGCGCCUGAAACACGCGGCGCCUGCGUUUUGUGCGAGCCGAUUUCACAGUUUAGGGACCGCCGCGUUUUUCACCUACACAAAAAAUAUAUAAUUAAUAUGCUGUCCAUGAAAUAAUUGUAAUUGCUUGAAAGGAGGAAAUAAUUGAUUAAUUGAUGCCGAAUUUCAUACAGGCAUGCAUUGUCACCGGAUCUGAGUACGUGUGCAAAAUUUGGAAUUGAUUGGGCAACAGGAAGUAGACUAACUUUUGAUUACAAGAUUUGACAACGACACAUGAGUCAAGCUCUCUGGCCUCGUACCAAUUGAGACGAGGCUCAAAAGGAAGCCGUCUCUGGAGUGGACCAGUCAGUUUCAAGGACAAUGCAUAUAUUAUCAGGGAGUGUUUUUUUUUGUAUUUUGACUACAAGUAUUGUGGUUAAUGCAGACAUGAUUCCUUGUAAAAAGGUUUCAGUUUUGUUGCCAGAAAAAAGGGGAAAACCGCUAUUAUUAUAUUUUGAUACUGGCAAAGGAGGUCUAAUGAUGAUUCAGUAGAACCGUUGAGAAGACCAACAACACGUGUACGUACACGGGCGGCCAAUAUCGAUUCCGGCUCAGAAGGUGGCUGGCGGGACUCUUGAGUCGAGAACCUUGCAUCCACGACCAUCCGUGCGUACAACUGGGCUCUGAUGCAGACCUGCGCAGUGUGGUGAUGUACACAUAUCGCUGCUCCUUUCACAGAUAUCCAACUAAAUGUGGUGCCACCCAUCUGGAGCCCCUUCACUUCUAAAGUGCAACGGGGAUUAUUAAUCAUCGAGUGCUGAUGAACCGAGGUGCAGUAGCAUCAGCAGCGACAAAUUGGCAGCAAUCCCAACAAAUUCAGCGGUGUUUGCGGUGGAGGCCGACUGCAGUGGCAUUUUCAGGUUGAGCUGCUGGUGCCUCCAUUUGCCCUGCUUCGGAUUGUGGAGAAAUGAAAACACUUUUGCCUAAAGAUGUUUUUUUAAGUCCGGCAUGUGUCUGUAAUAAACGUAGAUAAAGAGACCGGUACACUGUACUUCGUAUCAUGCAUUGCAUCAUUACUACUAUAAUGAGCCAAGAAUGUUUGUGUGUAACGCACGUUUACGUCACUCCACAUGCCGCACCCCCGUCAUUAAUAUUCAUGAGCGGGUGGAUUUUUACACUCGCACAGGUCGAGCGGAAAUAAAUUUUGUUUCGCAAAUUCGUUUGACGUUUUUUUAUUGAAUGUGAAUCUAAUAAAUAAUAAUUCUAUGCAGAAACAAAGUGGAUUUGGUGUCUUUAUUUAUUUAGCACUUGAGACAAAAGGUAAGUCUAAUUUAUGCUUCUACAUUAUGGUAAAAUAUAUAUUUCUCGGUGAUUUUCCAGAUAUUGUAUCGAAAUCAAAUUUAUUUCAACCCCAGCGACCGAAAGCAGAAGAGAAUAAAGUAUCAGAGCAGUGAAUUUGAACAAAUUGAAGGUCAGUUAUACAGUGCUGCAGUGACAUGAAGUAAAGUGUUCGAUGAUAUACUUUUGUGCAAGAUUCACUGCCAUUACAUUUACACAAGAUACAAUUAUACUCUGCUCAAUUUUUUUUAUAUUACAGCUUCCGUGCUAGGACAGGCAAACAAGCUAGUUGAUAAUUAAGCUUUAUUAGGAGCAUCGCUUUGUGUCUCAUUUACACAUCGAGUUCCCAUUCUGUUUGGACACGUUUUGUGUCACGCUUUUUACUAACUCACUCUG